AGCGGGUCCUCAGGGUGGGUUUAAGACCCGAACGUAUCGCGACGAUAGGAAAGCUUGCCCGUCAGUUCAGCGCCACAAAGCGUGGAUUGGCGCAGCAGCGCUCAUCUCCCGACGCUGUAAUAUGGCUUCUUCGGGUCUACCUUGUGGGUAAGGCUCGGUGGAGGACAUUGCCACUGGCUUUUGAAGCGGGCAGCUCGGGCGAUUCGUUUUCCCAAACGAAAAGCGUAACAAUAGUCGGGGUUUCAAGUCUGCGGACUCGAUUUUGACUUCCUUUGCUUAACUGGAACAUGUUUUCAAGGAGUUUAAUGUGAAGGUAUUUUUGCACUGAUCUCAAGCGAAGUAAAAGAGGAGGGACAGGUGUUUGUUAAGAUACUGAUCGUGCAGUUUGUUAUUAAGAACAAUUUAAUCUGUAUUAGAGUUGGUUCUGUUCCUGGAAAAGACAGUACGGAGGACUCAACGCCCCCUCUGUUGGGCGGACCCUUGAUUUCGAUUUUGUGGGUUACUCCUUUUCCCCUUACCCUAUUCUGAGACGUCUGCGCCGACUGAGUGUUAUUGGCAGAUUGUCAAUUGCUCAGUACCACUGCCGUCACAUAACUUAAAGCACACGCGGGUUGAUGAUUCGUCUCAUAAAUGUCAACGGCCAUACGCCUUUUGCGCAUUUUUACAGCGUUUAAUCGAUUUUGGCAGACGCAUUUUUACAGUUUUUUAACCCGAAGAACUUUUUAAAAACAUUUCCGUAUUUUCAUUUUUUCCAGCAUCGCCGAUGAUUGUCAAUCAUUCACAUGCAUUCUGUUUUUUAAAUUUUUUGGUGAAUUUCGAUAUUUUGAAUUCGAUCGAAAACACCACUGCUGGUUACGAUUGUUGUAUGCUUUAAUUUAUUUUUUAUUUUAAAUUUGCCAUUUUUUACGCCAGUUGUCUUCAAAAGUGUUGGAUCCGAAUUAUAUAAAUGGAGAUGAUUUGUACAAGUUCGCAAGACAAUUUAGUCAAGAGGACGGAAUUAAUAAAAUACAGAUAUUAAAACUGCGAGGAGGUAAAGAACUAAUACAAGACACCAAAUAAGACGAUUCUAACGGGAUCAAAAGAGCAGAAGCUACCAGUUUAAUACUGAAAUUAUGCAUUUAUAGCAGAAUAUAGGCUAUAUAUACAGGACACUUACGGCCACAGAUGUAAGGUGUGAAUUUAUAUGUUUGUCGAGGAGAUUUUUUCCCAAGAAAAAGUAAUUGCUUCCACACGCGUUUUUCUCGUUGCCGUUAGUUACGGUCAAUAAAUGCAUCGGUAUUUUUCUUAUUUUUUUUACAUGAUCUAAAUAUUUCCCAUUCGGUUUUUCUUGCCUUCAUAAAGGAAUUACGUUUGCAUGUGAUUGAACAUAUACAAGGUCUUUUCCGUGGCUCGAGGAGAACGCAUUGAUUGUGUUGCGGCAGACUAUGGACGAUCAGACGCGGAUGAUGCAGGCUCUCGGCGGUGUCAGCCUGGCGGGACACGCGGUGCAGGGCGGCAUGCAGCUGCCACCUCCGCUCGGACACGAUGGCAUGGACGGAGACGGCAGAAAGCAAGACAUCGGGGACAUUCUGCAUCAAAUCAUGACCAUAACUGACCAAAGUCUGGACGAGGCGCAAGCAAAGAAACAUGGACUGAACUGCCACAGAAUGAAACCGGCACUCUUCAGUGUGCUCUGUGAGAUAAAAGAGAAAACAGGACUCAGCAUCCGUGGUGCCCAGGAGGAGGACCCGCCGGAUCCCCAGCUCAUGCGUCUGGACAACAUGCUCCUGGCUGAGGGUGUGUCUGGCCCAGAGAAGGGCGGUGGAUCGGCAGCGGCAGCGGCUGCGGCGGCGGCAGCAGCGGGGGGGGCCACCGACAACUCCAUCGAGCACUCAGACUACCGGGCUAAGCUGACACAGAUCCGGCAGAUCUACCACACGGAGCUGGAGAAGUACGAGCAGGCAUGUAACGAGUUCACCACCCACGUGAUGAACCUGCUGCGGGAGCAGUCGCGCACGCGGCCCAUCUCGCCCAAGGAGAUCGAGCGCAUGGUGGGCAUCAUCCACCGCAAGUUCAGCUCCAUCCAGAUGCAGCUGAAGCAGAGCACCUGCGAGGCCGUCAUGAUCCUGCGCUCCCGCUUCCUGGACGCCAGACGGAAAAGGCGGAACUUCAGCAAGCAGGCCACGGAGAUCUUGAACGAGUAUUUCUAUUCGCACCUGAGCAACCCCUACCCCAGUGAGGAGGCCAAAGAGGAACUGGCCAAGAAGUGCUCCAUCACUGUGUCCCAGGUGUCCAACUGGUUUGGCAACAAGCGGAUCCGGUACAAAAAGAACAUCGGCAAGUUCCAGGAGGAGGCCAACCUGUAUGCUGCCAAGACCGCUGUGGCUGCCGCUGUGCAGAACAGCCAGGCCAACUCCCCCAGCACGCCCAACCCCGGCUUCCAGAUGAAAGAUGAGGAUUUCCAGCUGGAUUCAGCUGAGAGCAAAGGAACCCUUCUAACCAGCAUGUUUACUGGUUCCUCUGGUUCCUUUAACCUCCCAAACUCUGGGGACAUGUUCAUGAGCAUGCCGACCCUGAACGGGGACUCGUACCCGGGCGUUCAGGUGGCGGCGGGGGUGCAGUCACAGGUGGAUACCCUACGCCAUGCUAUCAGUCAGACAGCAGGAUACAGUGACGGCCUGCGGGGGCGCUCUCUCUACAGUCCUCAUGGCCUGAAUGCUAAUGGUGGAUGGCAAGACGAGGCCCCUCCAUGUUCCGUAACCUCCCCAGUAGAAGGACCUGGAAGCGUGCACUCUGAUACCUCGAACUGACCCCCCACCUGCCACGCAUAUACGCAGUAGAAUGACCCAUCGCAGAGGUCCAAGCGGUUUCCAAACCACCCUCUUGCUCCUUAUGACUGAUCUGCCACGUGUCCAAAAUUCUCCUACGAUGCUCGGAUCCUCCAUGUUCUCACAACUGAAUAUGAAUAUUUUUUUCUCCAGAGGCUUUUUAUACAAAUAUUUUCAUCUAUAUAUUAUACUGCCAGAAUGAUAAGACUGGAUCUGUUCCACACAGCUGAGGUGACUCAUGGACAGGAAGUUUGACUCAUAUGUCCAGGUCCUCAUGAACUGACCCUGCAUCUGCCUGUUUGCUUCCUCUUACACACCCAGUUACCCCUACUUGGAUUUGACUGUGCUGGUAACCUGUUGGUGAAGCCGCUGGCAGUGCCGCAUGUGGACCAACUGUGCACCGCGACUGCAGUCGCACCUUGUUAUGGAACUUGCUCAUGCGCCAGCAGCCGACGGUUUGCCAGCGUUUUUUCCCUAAUGGUGGAUUUGAACUAUUUGUCCUUUAAGACACGUGCUAAUGACUCUACGGAAUGUUGGCUGCCAGCGACUAUACCUGGUAAUUCCGCGCUGAAGGGCGCACUUAACGCGGCUCAAACGUUACACUCACUGACAGCCUGCGUGAAUAUUUUUUUUUUUUGUUUGUUGUUGUUUUACAUUUUUUUCAUAUUAUUUUGCCUUGUGAUCAUCGAUUUCUCAGUAAUCUCAAAAUCCUGACGGUCAACAGCGCUUUGCAUUCUAGGGAAAAGCUCAGAAAAUCAUCGUUAGAAGGACAUAUUUCAUUACAUCUGUAAUUAAAUCCAGGCUCUUAUCAAAAUCGUUAUUAUAAUUUUCAUACCCUGAAACGUUACCAUGUUUCAGGUGUUAAAGCUGAAAUGGCUUAGAGUGAGCUUGUGUUGUGCUUCAUUUUGGUCACAAACACCAGUCACGCAAGCUCCUUUUAUGUUAGCAUAUGUAGCUUGUAUCUGCCACCAUUAAAACAUAGUUUAUUACCUCAUCCAAACUCAUAGAAACCAAUAGAAAUUCAACACAUUAUAUAGCUUAGAGUGUCCACUUACUACCUCUAAACAGUAUCACUUCUACUAUUUUUCGGCAUUUUAUUUUGUUUCUUACCUGAGUCGUUUUU